AGCAAGAAGAUAGACCCACCUCCACCGACCGACCGACCAUGCGGGCGAGCUGCAACGGCUGCCGGGUGCUGCGCAAGGGGUGCGCCGACGACUGCACCAUCCGCCCCUGCCUGGCCUGGAUCCGGAGCCCCGACGCGCAGGCCAACGCCACCGUCUUCCUCGCCAAGUUCUACGGCCGCGCGGGGCUCAUCAACCUGCUCGCCGCCGCCCCCGACGACGCCCAGCGCCCGGCGCUCUUCCGCUCGCUGCUCUACGAGGCGUGCGGCCGCGCGGCCAACCCCGUCUUCGGCGCCUCCGGGCUCUUCUCCACGGGGAACUGGGAGGCCUGCCAGGCCGCCGUCCAGGCCGUGCUCGAGGGCCGCCCCAUCCCCCAGGUCGCCGCCGACCAGGCCGCCCCGCACCCCGGCCUCCUCGCGGCCUACGGCGUCCGCCAUAUCCCCAAGGACGGCAUUGACCGUGCGUCCGCCGCACUCCGCGCCUCGCGCGCAAGCUUCAAGCGCGCGUCCUCCUCCUCUUCCACGGCCAGACCCGAGCGCAACGGUGGCCUCGGCGAGGAGACGGCCGGCAGCAGCCACGACCACGCUGUUGAAGACGACGGCGAGGCGCUGGCAGACAAGCAGAAGAGGGUACAAUCGUUCUCGUCGGAGGCCGAGGCGGGCUCGCACGUGAGCCAGGCAGAGCAGAGCGCGAGCGCCCCUGUGCCGCAGGUGGCACAGGACGACGGCGAAAUUGACCUGGAGCUCACCCUCGGGUUCGGGCCAGCCGCGCGCGUGCUGACGUCGCCGCCGGCACGCUUCGAGGCUAGCAGAUUGAGCACCAAGUCGGGCCACGCCGGUCUGCUGCUUGGGCUGCCGGCGUGAAACUAGAGACGCGGCGACAGUGCCGUCCUUCCUACUGCUGGCUGGGAGAGAGAGAGACAAAAAUGUCAGUUUUUUUGGGAUCAUCGUUCGUGCCAUAUCGACACCUUUGGGAUAGAGAUAUCUCUUGGAUAUCUCUUACUAGAAGAGAAGAAAAUUGUGUAGUACCUAGAACCUGUAAAAAUUAAAUUAAAUCAAGAAACCUUUUUGUC